AUGGAAGAAGCAAACAGCAGUGUAACCCUUUUUGUCCUUGAUCCAGAGAAAGUGAUUGAGAAGGACAGAGUUCGUCCGCAGAGGUAUUUCUUGGAGCCACUGAACUUCUUCAUAUUAACAACAAUAUUUACUAUUGUGGGGUCAAGAGCUGCCUCACUGGUGGUGCUUGAGUUCUCAUUGAGGGCGAUUUCCAUGCUGCUGUCCCAAAAUAAGGGUGGACAGAACAGUCAGCUUUUUCUCCUGUGUCAGUUUUCUGUUGGAUGUGGGAUAACAUCCAGCUUAAGCUAUCUGCAUGAAGGGGCACCCCAUAGCACUAUGAACCUAAUUCUGUGUACUGGUUUGGCAGGCCUCAUCAUGUGGUACGUCUGGAGGCUGGUGUGGCAUAUCUGCUCCAUGUACGAGUUGCACAGUAAGCAGCGGUACUGUGGUAUCUGUAUAUUCCUCCUUACCAACUGGCACAAGAUUCCCAAGUUGCUUUGCAAUGCUCUGAAAGUGACUUUUAUGGUGGCAGAUAUAGCUGCAAUUUCUCUGAUAAAUCGGGACUUUCUCAGCACUUCAGAAGCCAUUAGAUUUUGGACACCUCUUACCAUAUGCUAUACACUGCUGGUGAUUUACAUGCAAGAAGAGCAACGACUGAACCCCAGUGAACAGAUGACCUACCAGACAGUCGUUGUUAGGAUGGGAGGUCUCUUCAUUCUUACCCUGACAGUUGGCAAAUGGGCAGAUGUCUUCCAUGUCUGUGUGUCAUUUCUUGGAGAGAUGUGGUGCCUUGUGAAAUGCAGUGCCAUGUUGGAACUUUGCAGAGAGCAGGAUAGUUAUUCACAAGAGACUAGAUCAGUUAAAUCUUUUCAUGGAAAAAACUCCGAUUUAGAAGUCGUUCGAUCAGCUCUUCGGAUGAGUGGUGCACAGUACAGUCACUGACAGCUCUUCGGAUAAGUGGUGCACAGUACAGUCACUGACAGCCAUCCUGUGCCUUUGAUGAAGCCACACUAAGACGGUGCUUACAAAUUAUGGUGGAGAUUGAGGUUACACCUGCAGUAUUGUUGCAUGUACUUAAGGAAUAGCAGAGCCUUUCUGUAGUAUACAUUUGUGUUUUAUGGCAGUUAUCACAAACAUUCUCAUAGUGCGAGACACAACAUGUUGGAUUAUAUAUGCUUCCUGAAAAUUAUCCUGUUCUGUGGAGAGUAUUGGACAUUCUUACUGGCACUGCUUGAAUAUACAGAUGGGUUUACAUUUUAUUUUAUUGCUUUCAUUUUUAAAGACAGUGUAACUGUGAACUUGCGGGCAUCAGGUAUUUGUGUAUACUACAGCUAGUAAGUGCAUGUGUGUGUAAUACAAUAUCUGUAUCUGUGUGUCUAGAUAUAUAGAAAAGAGUAGAUGUAAAAAUAUGCUAUUAUGCUUGCUUUAUUAUAUUGAAAAUGUCUGUUUCAUUAUAGGAUAAAACUGGUAUUAGAGAAUGAAUGAAUGAAAUUUUCCAUGUAAUGUAAUUUUUUUUAUUGAGUGUGGCACAUUAAUUGCAGUGUAAAUUCAUCUCUGCUGCAUUCAUACUUUUCAGGUACAGUGUAGUUAACACAAUAACUGAUUUUAAUACAUUGUAUUUAAAUGCAAUCUAUUCCCUCCAUAUUAUUUUUUAGACUCAAACUUUCUCCUAUGGCAAGGUUAAACUUUUGUAUUUAAAGGACAGCUCAUAGGUAGGUACUAGGCUAUCAGACCUGAGGCCUAUAUAAGCCUAGCCAAAAAGGUUGUAAAAAACAAA